CAUUAACCAACGGAAAGCGCACUUCCGUGUUAUCUCAGUUAUCAGCCAAUGCAGUGGAAGUUAAAAAGAUUCUAAAGUCCAAAACAGCGGAGUGUUUAGUGUCAGAAUCGGGAAAAAAGUGGCACCUUUUCAUAAAUAUUAAUAAAUAAAUUAAUUUUUGUUUUAAGUAUUAAAAAGCUGAACGCGUUUGUAUAGUUUCGUGAACGACAGAAGAACGAGACCUGUAACAACCCAACACAACAGUCACUACCGUCGUAAUUCAUUGUGGAGUAGCGUCAACUUUACAUAAACUUCGGAAGUUCAGUGGAAAGUUGUGGAAAUGGCAGAUUUUAGCAAAAGUUCGGACAAAAAUGAUGUUGGAGCUGUUGGCGGCGAGGAUUCAGUAGAUGAGAGAAUCAAUGAGCAAGCAGCAUUUGUCCUACGUGGAUACAUUGUGCAGGCAGCCCAUGAAGACGACCCAGAUGUCCUGUUGAGCCAAGAGGAUUUGGGUGGAAGUCAAAGUGAAAGCCGGGACCCUGAAGUGAAAGAGAUUGUCAGAAAUUUAAUUCAAAUAGGAGACGAGCUGAAUAGGAAUGCUGAACUUCAGUACCUGAUUGAUCACAUCCAGCUUGACUCAGCAGAUUUAUUCUAUGUUGUGGCUGAGAGGAUUUUUGAAAAUGGUAUUAAUUGGGGAAGAGUUGUUGCCCUUUUUCAUUUUGCUUACAAACUUAUAUAUAAGGCAGUAACUACAAACUGCAGGGACAUAGUAAUGAAGAUCAUGGGCUGGGCAUUGAAUUUCUUCAGGCGUCAUGUGUCUCAGUGGAUCAGAGAGCAAGGAGGAUGGGAAACUGUCCAGUAUUAUUUCCAAAAUCUUAGAUGGCACAAUGUGGCAAUAUUUGUAGCUGGGGUUCUCACGGGUGCCUUGGCUUACUGGAAGAUGACAUAAAUAAGCUGCAGUUCUGUUUAUAAAGUGGAACAUAUAUAUAAGUGUAUAAGCCUCUCCAUGCGCGACUGACUGUAUUGCACUCCAAUUUUCCAAGCCAGUAAAAGCAUGUAAAUGUGGCUCAAUGUUAUGCAAAUGGAAGCAUCUCAGAUUUCUGCUAAAGAACCGAGUUAAUAAAUGAGUUUUGAGAUAAAGCUGUAUAAUUUCAUAUAAAUCUGUCAUUUUUAAUAUAUAUAUAUAUAUACAUUUUUUUUUCUUUUUUUGUAUUUUUAUAUUAAUUGAUGAAAAAUGUUUAUAUUGGCUUCCAAUGUUUAGUGCAAUUACAUUAUUUAAAGGAAACCUAUUGUAUUUUAGGUAGCGGAUAUGUUCAUGAAGUACUGUAUAAACUGUGUUAGAUUAAUCUCCAUAACCGCUGUACUUGCAGGGGUUAAUGUAUGACAGACUAUAGGCAAGCUGCACUGUCAUUUCUAUCAAUUAACGUACUCUGCUAAGAACAAGAAUUCGCUACAAUAACAAAUAUUUAGCAUAUCAAUCCUACUUUUAAAUUUUCAUUGUUGUUUUAUGUGAAUUGAAAGUGACUGAUCACUGUAUUUAUACUGGUUUACUGCAGUUAGUGUUAUUUUAAGAAUGCACAUCAUUUGCAGUUUACAUAAAUGGCAGUUUAAUGUAUUUUCAAAACUCUGAGUUAAUUAUCACUACAUUGAUCUCUAUCACUACACUGCAUUGGAAGUUAUAUGGUAUGAUAUUCUACAUGAGUAAUGUUAAAGGUAAUUGCAAUAUAAUGUAUUAUAUACAGCUGACCCUGUCUCUUCUGUUUCGUGAGAACCAUGAAGUGAGACCAUAUGUAUAGUAUUUGUUUAAUGUCAAUUACUAUUGGGUGAUCUCUUACUUUACUCCUCUGUGUGUGUGUGUGUGUGUGUGUUUUUUUCUUUCUUCUUUUAAAUAUAUUUGAAAACAUUUCUUCUUUGUAAUACUGUGUUGUUCUAGUAAAUGCCACUGAUCUGUGAAUCUA